GUAAGCUGUCAGGUUCUGUUCAUUCUGUUCGCUCUGUGUUGUGUUGUAUUGUUGAAAAGUAUACAUAUAUAUAUACAUGUGUUUACCGCCAUCUUGAAUCGGCGUAGGAAUACGAUUACAAAUCUAAGAAUUAUAAAAUAAAAAUAGUAAUGAUAUUAAAUUUUUGAAUUUAAAUAAUAUAAUAUUAAAAAUUGAGUAUAAAAUAUAAUAAUUUCAUGUAUUGAUAUUAUAAAAAAAAAAAAAAAAAACAAUAAUUUAGAAUUGACAGAGAGGAACUAGUUUUAAUUGGUGAAGCAAUGAUGAAAUAUAGGUGGUUGUGUGAGUUGUGUGAUGAUUCGAAAUAAUAGUGGGUGGGGGGAAUGGGAGUAGCGUCGUGCAGUAGCAGCAAGCAGCGUUGUGCAGCCGCGGUGCCGCGAUUCUGUCCGGCGAACCUGUUUGUAGUGUUUGUUAUAUUUAUAAAACGUUUUUAGGCUAUUGGUAGUAUUAUUAAUGCGCCAAUUGUUUACACUUAUUCAAUUCAAGUGUUUUCGUUCAUUUUUUUGUUUUCGUUCGCUUUUUAAAAUAUUUAAAAAUUAAAUAACUGUUUUGUGUAUUUUAUUUAUAUAUCUCACUGUAAUAAAAACUUUUUCUUGCCAUAUUGGAUUUCACCUAUAGGAUAUAUUCUAUAAAAUAAAAUAAAUAAAUAAAAAGUGUGUCUGGAAAUUAAAGAUUAAAAAUGCCGGAAGAACAAAAAUCAACCGGAGGUACUGGUAAUGUUACCGCAGCUGAAAAUGGAACAGGAACUCAUUCACCAAGUAAAAGUCCAAUGGUUAAGGGUAAAAUGGCACUAGCCAAAGUAACAUUGCUCGAUGGUACUACUAAAGAUUUUUCUAUCGAGAGAAAAGCAAAAGGACACGAGCUUCUUGACAAAAUAUGUGCAAGUAUUAAUUUAAUUGAGAAAGAUUACUUUGGCCUCAUUUACGAAGACAAAUACGAUCCACGAAAUUGGCUUGAUCUCGAAAGAAGAAUUACAAAAUUCAUUAAAAGUGAACCUUGGAAAUUCAACUUUGAAGUUAAAUUUUAUCCACCAGACCCAGCUCAAUUGCAGGAAGAUAUUACUCGUUACCAAUUGUGUCUUCAAAUUAGAAAUGAUAUAAUAACAGGACGAUUAGCGUGUUCAUUUGUCACUCACGCAUUGUUAGGGUCUUAUUUAGUACAAUCAGAAGUGGGCGAUUAUGAUCCACAAGAGCAUGGUAGAGAUUAUUUAAAAGACUUUAAAUUUGCACCUAAUCAGACGCCCGAAUUAGUUGAGAAAGUUAUGGAUCUUCAUAAAACGCAUAAAGGUCAAACACCUGCUGAAGCAGAAUUGCAUUACUUGGAGAAUGCAAAAAAACUAGCAAUGUAUGGUGUUGAUCUUCAUCCAGCAAAAGACUCUGAAGGUGUAGAUAUAAUGCUUGGUGUGUGCUCUUCAGGUCUUUUAGUUCAUCGAGAUAGACUGAGAAUUAAUCGAUUUGCAUGGCCUAAAAUAUUAAAAAUUUCAUACAAAAGACAUAAUUUUUAUAUUAAAAUUCGCCCGGGAGAAUUUGAACAAUACGAAUCAACGAUUGGAUUUAAAUUAGCAAAUCACAGAGCUGCCAAAAAGUUAUGGAAAGUUUGUGUCGAACAUCACACUUUCUUCAGACUCAUGAGUCCCGAGCCAGUGAAGAAAGUGGGUCUGCUACCACACUUAGGAUCACGAUUUCGAUAUUCUGGACGUACACAUUAUGAAACUAAAAAAAUACCAAUUGAAAGACAGCCUCCUCAAUUUGAGAGAUCACUCAGCGGCCGUCGUCUAACUUCUCGCAGUAUGGAUGCUUUAGGUGGGUCACAAACCGUUGAAACUUAUGGCUCAGAACCAAGUAAACGUCAUACCAUGAGCUAUGAACCUGAAAUGAUUCCAGAUAUGGAACACAUUGAUCAAAGGCCUAGUCCGAUAAAAAAACAGAAAGAAAAGCUCACUCGAAAAACAAGUAUUGGAACAACAUCGGCCAGCAGUGCCAGUAGCCUGGAAGGAGAAUAUGACGCGGAACGCGCUGAAAAGAAACCGGUUGGAGGUAUUGCGGUUUUACCGCUUGCCGGUGGUGAGCUUACCAGUAAAAAGAAGAAGGAUAAACAGAACGAAAAUGAAAAAGAAAAUUAUAAUGAUCUUAAUAAUUCCGAGUUGAUAAAUGAUAGCACGUCUAUUGAUAAUAAAAAAUUGAAGGAAAAAGGAAGCCCAGAAAAACGGGACAAAAAGGAGAAAAUAAAGAUACCUGUCGGUGGAUUCCUCUUUGGUAAACGGGAUAAAGAUCAAAAUAAAACCAAGAAACCAACAAAAAAUAAUAAAGAACAUAAUGAGUCAAUGGGUGAUGCUGAUUCAAAUAUCUCAGUGUCAUCAAGACAACCACAACCUGUUGAACCCAUGCCUGCUACACCUGAAAAAACAGAAAAAACAGAAAAAAAAUCACCAGCAUACACCAAGUCUUAUGAUUACGAAGAAACGCCAUCAUCACCCACCAAAAAAUCAUAUGUACCUCAUGGUUUUUCAUAUGAAGACAGAGCUGCAUCUCCAGACAGUAACAAUCAACAAUCACUCACUGGUGAAAGUAAAAAAGCUACCGGAUUAGCCUUUAAUUAUGCUCCAGGAGAGGAUAAAAAGGUUGUAGAGUCAGCAGCUGAAAAACGUAAAACCAAAGAUAUUACACCGAAUAAAGUAACAUCAUCACCAUCACCACCGCCACCACCACCACCCACUACAGCAGCAACACCAGCAGCUACAGGUUUAAAAACUCCAGGAAUAAAUUAUGUUGAAUCCGCAGGAUUGAAAGAACAACAGAAAGGAUUACAAAAUUCAAAUGACAAAAGUGCUUCUGCUGCUCUUAUUGCUGGAGAACAAUCGGGCAAUAUAGCUGCUGUUAAACCUGGUGUAAUUAUACCUGAAAGUGUUGAGCCACAACAAGAACACUUGAUACUACCAUUACCAGAUGGUACAAUUUUUAUCGGAGGCAUGAUUUAUCUAAAAGAUAAACCAUUAGAUCAAAGUUCACUGGGACCUGAUUCAAAUAAAAUAUUAGAUGGUAAAGUACAUGGAAAAGAUGGUAAAACAUUUAAAAAAGCAGAUUUUGGUCCACAAGGUGUGCACAUUGUCAAUGGGUUAAUUACUGGAAAAGAUGGAAAACCAUUGAAUCAACAAAUACCAUGUGUAGAUGAUAAUAAAUAUUAUAUAAACAAUGGAAUUAUUUGUUGUAGCGGUCAGCCACUGAAUAAAAGUUCUCUUGGACCUCAAUAUUCGUUAAUUAAAGACGGUAGAGUUGUUGGAAAAAACGGUAAGCCAAUUAGUGUAGAUAAAGUUGGAUCAGGUGGUGCAUCAAUAAAAGAUGGAUUAAUAUUUUCACAUGACGGUAAACCACUGACUCAAGGUUCAUAUGGUACUGACGGCAAUUAUAUUGUGGGUGGAGUUGUAUGUGCACCAAAUGGAAAAGUUAUUAAUCAAGUUGCUCUUCUUCCGGAUUCAACUUAUAUAUCUGAUGGUUUGAUUUACGGUCGUGAUGGUAAAAUUUUGUCAAGCGGUGAUCUUGGACGUGAGGGUAAUUACGUUACUGAAGGUAAAGUUUAUGCAAAAGACGGUAAACCAGUUAAAAAUGAAAUUUUUAGUUCCGAUGGUUCUGUUAUUAAAGAUGGAAUUGUUUACAAUAAAGAUGGUAAAACAUUAAAUCAAGCAUCUUUACUUCCAACUGGUGCUUAUCUUAAAGAUGGUAAAGUUGUUGCUAAAGAUGGUAAAUCAAUAAAACAUUCAUUUUAUAAAACAGACGGUAGCUUUGUUAAAGAUGGAAUUAUUUAUGCUAAAGAUGGUAAACCUUUAAAUCAAAUUCCGUAUUUGAUCGACGGCAGCUUUAUUAAACAAGGUUUACUUUAUGAUCGAAAUGGACGUUUAUUAAAUCAGAAUCUUUUUAAACCUGAUGAUACUAUUAUACGUGAGGGAAUUAUUUAUGGCGCAGAUAGUAAACCACUCGAUCAUGGUUACUUGGGUGGUGUCGGUGCUAAUGAUAAUAAUUUAUCUAUUAAAGAUGGUAUUGUUAUUGGUAAAGACGGUAAUCCAGUAAAACAAGAAUCAUUUGGAUCUAAUGCAAGUCAAAUAAAAAAAGGAAUUAUUGUCAGUAAAAAUAAUAAAGCUCUUAAUCAAGAUUCCUUUGUACCUGAAGGUGCAUGUAUAAAAGAAGGUAAAGUCUGUAAUCGAGAUGGAAAACCUAUUAAAAUGUCAUUCUUUAAACCUGAUGGUAGUUUUAUUAAAGACGGACAAAUAUACGGUAAAGAUGGUAAACCAUUGAAUUUAAGUUCACCCAUUCCAGACGAUUGUUACAUUUUAAAUGGAAUUAUUUUUGAUGAUAUGGGAACGCCCCUUGUAAAAGAUACCUUUGGAUCAGAUGGGUCGUAUGUUGUAACUGGAUUAAUAUAUGAUAAAGACGGUAAAUUAAUAAAAGACGGACGUUUUGGUCCACAUGGACAUAAAAUAAAAAAUGGUAUGAUUAUUGGUCCAGAUGGUAAACCAUCAACACAAGAUGAUAAAGGACCAGACAAUAUUGCGAUUAUUGAUGGUAAAAUAGUUGAUGGACAAGGUAAUCCCAAGAAUCAAGGUUCUUUAUUAUCAGAUGGUUGUUAUAUCCAAGAAGGAAUAGUAUAUGAUAGAAAUGGACGUCCACUUAAAUUGGGAGCAUUCAAACCCGAUGGUACGUAUAUUAGAGAUGGUUUACUGUACAAUUGGGGAGGUGCAUUGUUUAAUGCCGGCAGUAAAUUACCCGACGAAUAUUAUGUUGAAGAAGGUAGACUUUAUGGUAAAGAUUCAAAACCUUUAAAUCAUAGUUCGUUUGGGCAUGACGGUGGAUUCAUAGAAAAUGGAUUUAUUUAUGAUAAAGAUAUGAAACCUCUUAGUCGUGGUACAUUUGGUAAAGACGGUAGUUAUAUUCAAGGCGGGUCAAUAUUUGGAUCUAAUGGUAAACCGCUUAAUAAAAAACAAACAACUACUAUUACAUUAACUUUUGUGCGAUAUGGUUUGGUAUGUGACAAUGACGGUAAACCAAUAGCAUCACAGCCUUUUGAUGAUUCUGGCAAUAAAAUAAAGAAUGGAAAAAUAUAUGACAGCAAUGGAAAACCAUUAAAUCAAAGUUCUAUUAGUCUUAAUGGACAGCAACAAUCUAUUAAAGAUGGUAUAAUUUAUGCUCCUAAUAAUAAACCACUUAAUCAUGGACCAUUGCCAGUUGAAAAUUGUUUUGUCAAAGCCGGGAGAGUUUGUAAUGCUGAUGGACAACCUCUGACACAAGAGUCAUUUGGACCUGAGGGAUUAAGAGUCAAAGAAGGUGUAAUAGUUGACAAAAGUGGAAGACCUAUUAAACAAUCAGCAUUUGAUGCUGACGGUAAUACUGUAAAAGAUGGUCUUAUUUACAAUAAAUCCGGUAAACUACUUGACAAACAUUAUACUCAUAUUACUAUUACGAUGGUACGAAAGGGUAUAAUUUGUGACAGUGUCGGUAAACCAAUAACGGAAAGUCCAUUUGGUAAUGACGGAAGUUACAUUAAAAAUGGUAAAAUUUACGACACCAAUGGUAAACCAUACAACCAAGAAAUAUUUGGAGAUGAUAGUGGAUUUAUCAAGGAUGGUAUUAUUUAUGGUAAAAAUAAUCAACCAAUGGAUUAUGAUCAGAUUCCCGUUUCCGUAGCUCCAAGUCUUCCAACUACUACACCUUCAAAAAUAAAAAAAACUGCCGUUCCAGUUAGUACACCUACUAUUGUUAAAACAACAACAAAACAAUCGGUAAUAAAAGAUCAAGAAGGAUUGACACAAAAUAUUGAAGAAAAAAUAGAAGAUUUGACACCAGGUGGUACAGGACAAGUUACAGUAAAUACCCAAGUUAAUAAGGCAGAAACUCAGGAUGAUGGUAGAGCUCCAUAUAUGACGGCAACAGCCGUGACCACUCGUACUGCUACUAUGCAUGAAGAUCUUGAAAAAAAUCAAAAAACCAGUCAGGUUGAAGAGAAAACGGUAGCACACACAACUGCCACUAGUGCUACCAGACAAGAGCAGCGAGUUGUUACUCAAGAAGUAAGAACCACAAGCCAUGUGCUUUCUGGAGAGCAGCUCUUCUCACGACGACUCAGUACGUCCAGUUCAAGCAGCGGUGAUUCAGGCACGCCUAUUGACAUUGAUGAUGAUCAACGUGAGUUCUACAAUCAGUAUUAUCAGGGAGAUUCUGCCGGAAUAGUGGCAACAGAGACUCAUGUAUUUUCGGGUGAACCAGACAGUAAUGUAAUCGCUACCAGUACUGUACCAUUAGUGGCAACUGAAACAAGAAAAGUCGCUUUGGAAAAUGAAGAUGGAAGUUACAGUGCAACUGGUGAAAUAGUUAGCACUCAAACUAUUUCCAGUAAAACUAGAACAGUAGAAACAAUUACGUAUAAAACGGAACGAGAUGGGGUUGUUGAAACUCGAGUAGAACAAAAAAUAACAAUACAAUCAGAUGGUGAUCCAAUCGACCAUGACCGAGCACUUGCUGAAGCUAUUCAAGAAGCAACAGCCAUGAAUCCUGAUAUGACGGUAGAGAAAAUUGAAAUACAACAACAAACAACUCAAUAAUAAUAAUAACUUUAAUUAUUAUUAGUACUAUAAUUUUGAUAAACGAGAAGAAGUUGAUAUCUUCUAAAAAAUUUAUAAUUAUUUAAUAUUAAUUGAAAAAAAAUUAUCGGAAAAUAUUGUAUUUUAUAUUAUUAUUAUUAUUGCAAUUACUUAGCGUAUGAUUGAAUCUUACGCAUAUUUGUACAGAGGUUGAAUAAAAUUUGACAGUACAGGGUGAGUUUUAAAAAACUUAUACAUUACAGAUAUAAUAAUACUUGUAGACUUUGCUAUCGAAUUUUAAAAGUACGGUACACGCUUAACAAGUUAUUAUAUUAUAUAUAAUAAUAAUUAUGAUAAACCUUAUUACUUCUUUUUGGAGAACUGAAAAAAUUAAAUUAAAAACCGUACAGUUGACAAAGAAGCAUUUUCUUUUAAAAAAAAUGUUUAUUUAAAUUACAAUAGAUCUGGGUAAUUAUUAUUUUUCAAUUACUUAAUAAAGAUAUAUUAUAUAAUAAUAUUAGUUAAACUUUUAUAAACAUAAUAAUGUUAUUAUUAUUAUGGGCAACGUAUUUUUUUAACAAUAUUAUGAAAAAUACGUUUAAAUAAUAAAAAGUGAUGAUAAAAUUUAAUCCUACAACUAUAUUUGUAUAGUAUGAUUUGUAACAAUUGAGUAUUUUUAUUUUGAAUAUACAAUUUAAAAUAUAUAUUUAAACAAAUCCUGUAAGCAGUAUAUAAUUACAAUAAAACGUCAUCACGUUCUCCUACUACACUUAAGCAGACCAAUGUCGAAGGUUUGCUCAUAAAUCCUGUAGACUCAAGUACUGAAUUUUUUCGAUAAUGAUAAUAAUAAUAAUUAUUAUUAUUAUUGUUAUUAUUAUUAUCAUAAUUAAUUGUAAAACCAAGAGCUAUAAGAUGCAUUGGUCAGCGUAUAUGUCUAAAUCUAGCGUAGCUUGUAUACUCAAAAAAUGUAUGUCUGCAGCGUAUGAACUUUUUACUUAAAUACCCUUUAAUAUAUUGAAAAAAAAAAGUAAAAAUUACUUUGAUAUCAAUGAUAAUUUUAUACUCAGUAACAGUGGAAUUAAAUUUAUUUAAAAAUAAAGUCUUACCAUAUCUGCGCUCUUCGAUUUUUUAACUAAUUUUCUCUAGAUAUACUUUUUUAACUUAUUCUGAUGCCAAUAAAAAGUGAUUAGUUAGUUUUAUAUUUUUACAUAUUGAUUAAAAAUUAAAGGUUGUAAUAAGUGAUGACAUAAAUAUCCCACAUUUAUUGAGUAUAUUUUUAUUAUUUAUUAGUGUGGCUUUCACAUUAUAAUUUUAAAAAAUUUUUUGAUUUUAAUAAUAAUAUAUUUAUAUUUAGUAAGAUUAUUUUCAUUUUUGUCACAAAUAACAUUUCAAUAUUGUUUUUAUUUUAUAUUUAUAUAAAUAUAAGUGAAUAUCUCUCAAUUCCAAAGUACGAAAAUGGCACAUAAUGUUAUCUCACCCUGCUUUAUUAUUGUUGUUUGUAACAUUCCACGCUUAUGUAUUCAAAUAACUAACAUUGUGUAUUAUAUUUUUUUAUUAUACAUUUAAA